AUGCCACCUGAACGACAGAAUGCGCCGGUGAAGCUGUCCCUGCCCCUACAAUUCCAGCAGGACAUCUUCACCGAACUCCGCGGGGAAGAUGAAUUGGUCAUCCUCGCUCGGGGUCUGGGGCUCCUGCGCUUGAUUACGAACCUGCUUCACUUUUACGAUGCUGCUGGAAAUAACCUGGUGUUAUUAGUGGGGGCAGACGAUAGAGAAAACGAGUGGAUUGGAGAGGGUAAGCUGCCUGGGGGGCAAUCCAUCACACAAGCG